CUCGGCGCGGGCGGCAGGCGGAGGCGGUGGCGGCGGCUGCGCGGCCCGGCCCGGUCCCGGGCGCUCCGGCGGGGAGGUCCCCAGCGCGUCCCUCGGCGGAAGAUGCGAGGCGAGGCAGCGGGCCGGCUGUGAGCUGCGGCGGGGGGAAGAGGCCCGGCGGGGCCGCGGGAGCGCGGCCGGAGCCCCCCCCACAGGCCGGCGGGCGGCGGAGGAUGCGGAUCGGGCCCCCUCGCCGAUGAGAGGGAGGAUGGGAACCCAGGGCAGCCCGGUGAAGAGCUACGAUUACCUCCUCAAGUUCCUGCUGGUGGGGGACAGCGACGUGGGGAAGGGAGAGAUCCUGGAGAGCCUGCAGGACGGGGCCUCCGAGUCCCCCUACGCCUACAGCAACGGAAUUGACUACAAGACCACUACUAUCUUGUUGGAUGGCAGAAGGGUCAAGCUGGAACUCUGGGACACAUCAGGGCAAGGAAGAUUUUGCACAAUUUUCAGAUCCUACUCUAGAGGAGCCCAGGGAAUUCUUUUGGUGUACGACAUCACUAAUCGCUGGUCCUUCGAUGGCAUAGACCGAUGGAUAAAGGAGAUAGAUGAGCACGCUCCAGGUGUGCCUCGGAUCCUGGUGGGAAACAGGCUUCACCUUGCCUUCAAGCGGCAGGUGCCAACGGAGCAGGCCCGGGCUUACGCGGAGAAGAACUGCAUGACGUUUUUUGAGGUCAGCCCCCUGUGCAACUUCAACGUCAUAGAGUCCUUCACAGAGUUGUCCCGUAUCGUCCUCAUGCGGCACGGCAUGGAGAAGAUCUGGAGACCCAACAGAGUGUUCAGCUUACAGGACCUGUGCUGUCGAGCUAUCGUUUCCUGCACCCCAGUCCACCUCAUCGACAAGCUGCCGUUGCCCGUCACCAUCAAGAGUCACCUGAAAUCCUUCUCGAUGGCCAACGGGAUGAACGCAGUGAUGAUGCACGGCCGGUCGUAUUCCUUGGCCAGCAGCGGGGGUGGGAGCAGCAGCAAAGCCAUCGCUUCCGGAGCCCUCCAUCCACGACGCCACCCCACGCAACAGCCCCCGAAUCCUGGCUGCUUCUUGCUUUGCCUUUCCAAAGACAUUCUGCCGGCGCUUAGCGCCGCUGCGGCUCCUCCUGGAUGAAAGUGGGGAAAGGGCAGAAGCAGCUUUUUCCCACUGGAGUGUGAAGGAGCCAGGGACUGGGAAGGCGAAAGAGGUUUGUGUGAGGAAACGGCAGACCCCGGCCCCCAGGUCCAGUGGUGGCAAUUGCGCUUGGCUCUGAUGGCAGCGCCAGGGAAUUGGGGAAGCAAAUUGCUUUGCUCUGUAGGGCCACUCCUGGAUUUUAGAGGAAAUGCGUGCUCAGCAGCGGGAGCUUGGGAUGCACGCGUGCUGUGGGAGAAGAUCUUGUGUCAAGCCAAGGGCGUUUUUUUUCCCUGGCUUCGUCCCAUGGCUGAUCUGUGCUGGAAAUUCACCUGGAAACUUAGAAAUAGCGCCUAGCCCCCAUUGCAAAAGCUACGUCGGGCUUGGCAGUUGGGACUAAGUUAUGUCGGCAGAUCCUCGUAUAGGUGGCCAGGACGUGUAGAUCGUGAGUGAGUGUGGUAGAAAGUGAACUGCGUUUCCUCGUGCUGGGCCGGUUUCCUCCUCAGCGAGGAGACCAGGCGGGAUAGUGCUGCCAUCUUCCUCCUGGUGUUAGCAAUUUCUCGAGGCCUGGGCGUGCUCUCCUUCUUCCCCCACCCCCCCCCGCCCACCCCCAAGAGCAGCUGGUUGCAUUGCAUGGGCAGAAUGAAGCCGCAGCGGCUCCGGCGCGGCCGACGGACCCGCUUUGUUCAGGCAGCGCUGCAGGGGCUCAUCCCUUCCCCUUGCUUCCGCGCCCACCCGGGAGGUGAAGGAGCCUUCCCCCCUCCCCGCUCUGUAGAACAGAACACAGGUCUCUUGGCUCGUCUCUAGCCUGCUUUAUUGCCCAGCUCAAAUGAGCGAGGAGAGAAUUAAACCCCGGGCAGAUGGAGCGGGAAGAAGAAUCCUUUGUAGUGGUGGUUUGGCUCAAGAGCAAAGCCGCAGCCGAGCUCGGCGCGGUGGCGUGAAGGCCGGGGGAUUUCGAGAACCUGUCUGGGACGGCUGGCACCUGUUUCCCAUCACUUAACACACAGCAGAAGACAAUCGCUGGCUCAGCAGCCCGGGGAUAUACGGCCAACAGGUGAUCGGCACCACAAAAGGCGACUUCUCCUGGAAAACCUCCUCCGGGCACCGCAGGGCCCCCCCACCAGCCUGCCCGCCCCCGGGCACCGGGGUGGAGAGGGAUGAAGGUUUCCUUCCUCAGAUCACAAAGCUGCUGCAUGGCUAGAAGAACUUGAUGUACCUCUGCUUGGUUUGGCUUUGCCACGUGUGACACCACCUUCCACCUUUUUCCCUGUGGUUGAUUUCCCCCCCCCCCCCCCCCCCCCCCCCCCGUAAGGUCUCAACAGAUCCUGUCUGUAGUGAGGAUGAAAGGUUUAUCUGGAGUGAUUGCUCAGCAAACAACGUUUUGUUUUGGUUUUGUUUUAAUUUAAAAGAAAAAGAUUCUUGCAUCUGAUGUCAACACUAGCGUGUAGCUGCUCUCCAACACUUGUACCAUUCCUGAGUUGUUUUUUUGGACUAUCGUUUUAUUUUUUUAUUCCUUUGUACAGUCAAUGUUGUUCAACCGAUUAUACAUGGUUUUGUUUUGUAUAAAUUAAAGUCUUUUGUUUUGUUUUGAACUACUAAUUGAAAGGUGGCU